GGCCCAGCGCAACCUGGAUUCCAGGUUGUUCGCCAAGGAAUUGAUUUACGCAGCGCUGGAAGUGGGGCCGGUCUACGCGCCAGUGACCCCCAAGAGAGGAUGGAUGGAAACCGCAUGCAACCACUACGCGCUGGCGUACCCAGGCGCCACCAACCACAGGCGGAAACGGGAGGCCAGCGCCAGCUGCGCCGACGCCGCCAUUAAUUACUUUAGCAGGAACCGCACCGACGCGGAUACCAACAUCCCUAGAGGUGUACAGAGGGCGGACAUCAAGGACGCAGGAUGCAAAGCCAUCAACUCCAAGGUGUACCUGGAAAGCGCGUUCGAAGCUGCAGAUCACCUACUCCGCGCGACAAAUGAGUUCGGCAAC